UGGCGGUGAGCGGUGUGCAGGUAGUGGCGGCAGCGGCGGCUGGGGAGUAGAUAGGUUCAUAUUUUUUGCCUUGUUUGUGUAUGUGUCUUCCUUUUGACGAGGGGAGGUGGAGUCGCUCGGGGGCGGAGUCAGAGAAAGGGGGCGGAGGAAUAGGGAGGGAGAAUGAGUACGAACAAAUAUGUUGCUUUUACUACUUCUUACUUUAUCUACGACCCUUUUUUUUACUGUUCUUUCCAUUCUUUCUAUCGGUAUUCUUCUGUAACGGCUUCUACUUCUACUUCUUCUACUUCUUCUUCUACUUCUUUACACUUAUUGCAUAUAGGUACUGCGCCGCUGCCAUUUUACCCUUAUGUACCCUUACCCUUAUAUUCCCUCCAAAGCGUCUUCCAUUGAUUGCAAUUUGCAGCACUGCAGCACAGUUUCAUUUCCUCAUUUCCUCAUUUCUUCAUUCCGUUUUUGUUUCUUCUGGGUGUAGUUAACUACCGUCUACCUAUAUGGACGCUGGAGGUGGGGAGAUACCGGUAUCAUAGAUAGAUAUGGGAAGUGGGGAACAAGUAAGCUCGCUUCAUGUCAGGAAUAUACAUAGCAAGGGCAAUCACACGAUAUCAUUCAUGAUUCUGCCUCUUCCC